AUGGCGCCAAACUGGUUGUUUGGUGGAGGAGACCCCGCCGAGAGUAGUACUAUCAGUAACACAACCAAAAGAAAUCAUCACCUUUUGAGCAAAAACAAAAGUGGUGAGCGCGCGUCAACAAAUGUGCUCUCCGCGCAAGGCUACGUCAAAGACGAACGAGACGAUCCACACUAUUCGCAAAAAGCGAGGAGAGGGAGAGAGAAAGUCGCCGAACAGCUUCUGAGAGAUAUGCAGAAAGAAGAAUCUCACUCGGGAGAGAGAAAGAGCAGGCGGCACCACCAUCGACACGGAGGAGGAGGAGCGCAAAAUGAGGCCGCGGAAUUCAAUGCUGGAUUUCCCCGAGGGAGAAGCGCAACCACGCCUUCGUACGGGAGCAACAGCGAGUAUCAUCAGUAUCAACACGACGGAUUGAACACAUCUGCGACAAUGACUUCGUCAACAUCGUAUUCACGAUUGGUUGGUGGGUGUUUGAUCGCCGGUUCCGUUGCCAUGGUCUGUACGGCAUCUUCGGACUCAGUGCUUGGACACUUGCUCCUUUCGUCUUCAAGCGCGAAAGACGACUUUAACAUCAACGCUUCGAACAAUCGAGGCGGCGUCGCGUCCGGGUCUAAACGAAAAUCUGCAUCAUCCAGAGGAGGAGGAGGAGGAGGUGAUGGACGAGGAGGAAUAUCAGGAUGGUCGAACGAAUACGCCACGAACUUUCUCGGCGCGGUGACGAAGAACGCGGACGAUAACGAGGACGACAAACUUUUUGAAGGAGACUCGAGCAACGCUGCCAUCGCUUUGGCAAACGGCGAAACCUUACUCGAAAAAUUCGAUGCCGACGCGUUUGAGAGGGAUCUCGCGUCAACCUCGGGAGAUUUUGAUGACGAAGAGAAGAGAGACGUGCAGUUAUCCGACGACGAUCUGCUCACGACGUGCGAAACGUGGAGAGUGCAAAUUAAAAACGACGCGACGAUGUUUCAAGCUCGACUGUUGAAACUUUCGGCUAUUUUAGACGCAACGAGUGAUGAUUCGAACAGGUUGCCGCACGACGAUGUUGUCAAUUCGAUCAAAAGUGUCCGUAAGUGGCACACGACUACGGACGUGGACGCCACCGCGAAAGUGAAGGAGUUGACACGCAGAGCGAAAAUGGAGAAAGCCGGCGACGGUAACAAGUCUUUGCGAAGAAAGAAGCUCGAGGCUGAAGCCAUAAAAGUCGAAGAGCUCGCGUCGACGUCUUUGCCCAAGCUUGAAAAUGCUUUGAACGAAAUCGAGGAGAAGUUUAUCCCGGCUUCGGCGCAAUCGGAACCAGUCCGACAAAGAGCUGAACUUGGUGCUGCACCGACGCGAUCUUCGUGGUUAUCGAGUCUUUUCGGUGGCGUAAAACAACCUAAGAGAAUGGCACAACUCGGGGCGGCUACAAAUUUGGACGCGAGCGCUGAAUUAGGUGCCGGGUACGGCGGCGAUCCCUGGGGGGCGCACAGUAAAUUCGACGAUGAACUCGACAUGGAAGAGGAGCGCGAUGUCAAGAAUGAACGCAGGAAAAACGUAGCUUCUCUUCACGAACGUCAACGACUACAAAAGGAAAAAGAGCGAUUCGGGUUAGUGGAUGAAAAAGUCGUUGAAUCCCCCGUUCGUGCAACCUCGUUCGCGAAAGGACUUUCGAACCGGCGAAGCCGUCGUGUAGGUCCAUUUUAUGACGCGAUGGAAAAUAGCGAGCAACAACAACAACAACAACGGCGGCAAAUUACGCCUUCUUCUAUCACUCCUUCAACACCGGGCGGACGUAUUUCUGAAGCAGAUAUAGAGAGAAGAGCGCAAGAGCUUGUGGAUGAAGCGCACGGUGGCAUCGAAGAAGGAGAGGAAGAGCGAGUCAACGAAGGAGAAGAAGUUUUCGACGACGAUGAAGUCGCGGACGCAGAAGCAGAAGAGCAAUCAGAAGACGAACAGCUCGUAGAAGAAGAUGAAGAAAAAGAAGAAUUGGUGAGGUCGUCGCGAGUGAAGAAAUCGCGCGGACUUACGGAUCGAAUUUCAGAUACCGUACGAAGGGCCUUUGGAUACGCAGACCCGGGAGAAGAGUUUCUAGAAGAGGCGAGCGAAGAUAUCCAAGAAGAAGAAAUGGAAGAAGAGACGAAACAAGCUCAGCGCGCGCAACAAAGAUCUUCCAGAAACGGGAGAAGAAGUGGCAACAUCAACAGCAAGAAGAAGGGAUCAUCAUCUUCUUCAUCGUCGCCCUCUGCCUCGACGACUGGGACGACAACGUCGAAAGAGAGAAGGCAGCAGGAAAAGAGAGGGUCAGCGGCGACGACGGCGAGUAUUGCCACGGACGAGAAGACAAAGAAAAGCUCGAGCUUUGAAAAUGCGUCGACGAAGCAAUCUUCGAAAUCCAACAACAAGGACGACAACACAGAGCCCGUGGACACGUUCGCCGCUCGCAUGAAGGCUGCCAAGAAAUUGAAGGAAGUGAAAGAAGGCGGCGCGGCGACAAAAUCGUGGAACUCGGCUGGGGAAGCUCACCAGAUGAAGUUUAAACCAGGUCAAAAGCUCAUCGUUCAAGAGGAUGGUACUUUUGCGUUUGCCGACGAAGAUGACGUCAACUCGAAGGAUUCCGACGCCGGUUUGCAAAAAAGAAACGAGGAAACCUCGAAAGUCUUGCGCUCGCUCUCGGAGGAGCAAGGUUCGUCGUCGUCGUCGUCGAGCGACGUGACUGACAAAGAAGUUCAAUCCCCACCUCCGGCUAUCUCACCACCUCCGCCAUCUCCAUCGCCUCCUCCGCCAAACGCGCCAGUUGCUCAACCCGCUGUAGUUCAACCUGCCGCAAUCGAUCCGACCCAGACGGCGCAAAUGUUGUACCAACAAAAUAUUGCCGCCAUGAACAAUCAGAUGAUGAUGAAUGCUGCGGCGGCUGGCACUAAUAACAACAACAACAACGCGAACUCGAACGCAAACGUGGGAAAUAAUUUUAAGUUGACGUCGGAGAAUCUAGAUGCUGUCGCUAUGGCAAAGCUCGAACACGAUACGGCGAACAGAAACGCUUUGGAACUGUAUGACAUCUCCAACCAAAAUCGGGACGCGGCUGAGUUGGCGAGAUCGGAGCACGAAACUGCUAUGCACUGGAGACAAGAAGCACAAAAGAAUCUUGAACGCUUAGAAGCAACUGCCGCGAAAAAGGCCAUUUCGGAAGAAAACGCGGCGCAGCAACAAGAAAAGUUACAGAAUUUGAACGCUUUAGUCUCUGAAUUUAAAAAGGCUCUGGUGGAAGAAACCGCGUUGCGACGCAAAGCUGACAUCGAGAAGGAAAAUUUGGCCCGCGAUUACGAACAAAAGAAGAUCGAAAUUGCCACGAAAGCAUCCGAAGCUCAAGGUCGUUUAAUUGAGCACGCCAAAGACAAGAUCUUGGAGGCUCGCCGCACUGCCGCGUUGGCGACGCAACAAGCGAACGAGUAUUUGGAACAGGCGAAGAGAGAAGCGAUAGCGAGGAGAAGAAUCGGCGAGUUUGCCAAAAGGUCAAACUCAAAAAUGAGCGAGGAUAAGAAAGCUUUGGCUGAGCGAUUGCAUGCUGAGAAGGAUGAAAUCUCGCAAGCCGCGAAAGAGGUUCAAAAAUCUGCCGAGGAAGCGUUGAUGAGGUUGAACUCUGCCAACUCGCAAGCGCAAAAGGAAAGGGAUCUCGCUUUGAGCGAUCGUCAGCAAGCGAUAGAAGAGGCUAAACAAGCCGUCGAUACGGCCAAAAUGAGUUUAGAUGGUAUGAAGGAAAUGUCGAAGAAAGCGCAAAAGUACAAGAGACGUCAAGAAGAGACGGUGGAUUCGGUUAAAGAGUAUAUAAAAAACGACGGAGAGGGCAAGUUUGACAAGUUGGAUAAAUUGUUGCGCAAAGCCGAAGCCGAAGACUUCUCUUCUGACUCUGGUGGAAAGAAGUCUAAAUCUUCCUCAUCGUCUAGCAAGAAGAAGAAAACGAGCAGCGACAAGAAAAGUGAAAACGACGACGACGACGACGACAACGAUGCAAUGAGCGACGAAGAAGCGGCGGCGGAGAAAGUGAAGAAGCUCUUGGGCGGCGGCGGCGGCGCAGAAAUUCCGGACGACGUUUCCAACGACGCGGAUGAUACAGUGGAAGGAGCGACAGUAGAGGACGAUGCAAUCUUGGAACCAAUGACGGAUGAUGUCGAUUCUAUUUUAGCUAACGCGGGAAAGAACGGCGAAUCGAGUGAAAACAACUCUGAAGUUUCCACUGCGGAAGACGUCCGAUCUUCGGUUGAAAAUUCUGCCGCCCUCACGGAUGCGGAAGCGGAGAAGAAUCUCGCCGCAUACUUCGGAGAGACGACCCCGUCACCAACGACUUCUUCUUCAAACGAUGAUGAGAGGAAAAGCGACGCCAACAUCGACGAGAAAUCUUCCACUGAAGAAAGCGAAGAAGCGAAAGAAGAAAAAGAGGAAGAGGCGGAGCGAGGCGAUACCGACGCCGAAACGACGCGAGCGCAAAACGCCGCCGACGACGAGAACGCCUCGGAUCCGUCUUCUUUGAUUACUUUGGACGACCAGGAAGUUAAAAACAUCCCCAGGACUGGAGUCGUCGCCUCUUUAGGCUUUCCGAGCAUAACUCGGAUCGCGUUUGGUGAGCCGGAACAAAAAGCGUUUAAAGAGGUGUUCUUCGCCUACUUACGAGAGCAAGCUCCAGACUCGUGCGCGAAUGUAGACGAUAUGGAAACGUACGUGCAAGAGCGAACGAAAAAGACUGGCACCAAAGCUGAGCAUUUGCGCGUGACUUUAGUGUGCGCCUCGGCGACUUCCGAAGCGGACACUUUGAAAGCGCAGCAAGUCGUCCGCGCCGGCGUUUCGGACGGGUCCCUCUUGAAAAAGCUCAACGCUUCCGGCAUGAAGAGCCGCGUAUUUAUGGACGACUACGUCGAGGACAAAGAAGACGGGGCGAAAGAAGACAAAGACGAAGACGAAGUUGCUGUUAACGCUGAUAUUGCUACGACGAAAGGACUAAAAGUAGAAGAAGUAGAAGAAAAAGAAGAGGUGAAGGAAGACGAAUAA